GAGAAAACCAGUAAGGAGGUAGUAUGUUGAGUUGGAAACGUUUCUAAAAAUAAUUUUAGUCUUGAGAAUUUUAACGCAAAUUCUUUAAAAUAGUAGGCAGAAGACAUAAUUUUCACACUGUUUGGCUUCUGAGAUUCUGAUGCCAUCGGCUCCGUCACACUCCCUCUCAUAACUCAGUUUCCCAGAGAUCACGACGCUCCAAUCGCCACCUUUCUCUCUCUCUUCUCCGAUCCUUCCAUCCUCAUCCAUGGCUUCUACCAACGCUCUUCUUUCUCCUUCCUUCACACCCCAUCACUCAACCAGGCAUCACAAUCCCCUCUUUCUUACUUCUCACUCAUCAUCUCUUGCCUCCAUUCGCCAAUCCCGGAAAGCUCUCUCCCGGAGAAUGAUUGUUAUUAAUGCAUCCGCAUAUGAUUUGAACUCUGUUGGAUCUGCUUCAGUGUCUGAUGAAAAUCUCGAUAAUGUUCCUAUGCCAAUAGUUCUGAUUGAUCAAGAUUCAGAUUCCGAUGCCACUAUUGUUCAGAUUAGCUUUGGUGAUCGCCUUGGAGCCCUUGUUGACACAAUAAAAGCAUUAAAAGAGUUGGGAUUGGAUGUCUCAAAGGGAACUGUUUCCACUGAAGGAUCUGUUAAGCAAACAAAAUUCUUCAUCACUCAAUUAGACACUGGACGCAAAGUUGAAGAUCCUGAUAUGCUUGAGAGUAUUCGACUUACUGUUAUUGGCAAUUUGUUGAAGUAUCAUCCUGAGUGCAGCGCACAGUUAGCUAUGGGUGAGGUGUUUGGAAUUAAACCUCCAGAAAAGAAGCUUGACGUUGAUAUUGCAACACGUAUACAUGUCAAGGAAGAUGGACCUAAGAGGAGCUUGCUAUGCAUAGAGACGGCAGACAGAGCUGGGUUGCUAGGUGAAAUCAUCAGUGUCAUUGCAGAUAUAAACAUUGAUGUUGAAUCGGCAGAGAUUGAUACAGAAGGUUUGGUUGCUAAGGAUAAGUUUCAUGUCAGCUAUGGAGGUGCGGCAUUAAACAAUUCAAUGUCUCAGGUUUUAGUGAACUGUCUGCGUUACUACCUGCGGAGGCCGGAGACGGAUAUUGAUAGCUACUGAGGAUAGAUGGGUGAGCCACUUUUAGAACAUAGUUGUAAAAUAAUAAUUCAAUGUAAAACUGUUCUUGUACUCAAUCAUAAUGAGCUCAAGAUCCAUACAUGUCUUUCUGCUGCCUGGAUUUUAUGGAACUAAAACUUCCAUUGAUCUUCCUUAAAGCUAGACUUGUAAGUGGAAAUCCAGAUCCUGGGCUGUGCCUCAUGUCAUUCCCCAGAUUUAUAUUAUUAGUUUAUUCUACUUAAAGACCAUUUGAUA